GCCUAGCCGCCACUUCUAUCCUUAUCCCCUGGAACCCAAAUCCCACUCGUUUGCCCGUCACCUCCGUUAAACGCCUCCUCCUUGAUCGGCAAAGGCGUUGAUUCUUUCCUCAGGAAUUACUACCUUCCCUUUGGAGGUAACAGCAGGUGGAAACGCGAAUCAACCUGUGGUUGAGUUGGUUAGGUGGACAGUGGUAUCCCCAACCCACCAGGGUUCAAAUCCUGGUGCUCGCAUUAUUCCUGGAUUUAUUUCAGGAUUUCUGGCGAUGCGCUUUCAGUGGGAGGAGACGUUUCCGUCGACGACGAGGCGCCUCUCUCGGAGGUGUGCGUGUGUGCGUGUUCUGCCCUGUCCUGUUCUGUUCGAUCUUCUAAGAAGUUGUAGACCACUCCGAGUAACGCACCCGUCUUCAAGCCCCCACCGAUGGCGAGCGCUCGAUCGCGUUUGAUCAUCCUGCUCGUCUUCCUCGCCGCUGCCUCGUCUCCGGCCUCGGCGUGCGACCGGUGCGUGCGCCGGUCCAAGGCGGCGUACCGCGCCUCCUCGCCCGCCCUCCACAAUGCCGGCUCUUGCGGGUACGGCUCCCUGGCGGCGACCUUCAACGGCGGGCUCCUCGCCGCCGCGGGCCCGGCGCUGUACAGGGGAGGCGUCGGCUGCGGCGCGUGCUACCAGGUCCGGUGUACGGACGCCGCGCUCUGCAGCGCCGCGGGCGCCACGGUGGUCGUCACGGACCAGGCGCGCGGCACGGCCACGAACCGCACCGACCUCGUGCUGAGCGGCGCGGCGUACGCGGCCAUGGCCCUGGGCGGCGGGGGCACGGCCGCCGCGCGGCAGCUGAGGGAGCGGCGCGCCGUGGGCGUGGAGUACAAGCGGGUGCCCUGCGAGUACGCGCGCCGCCGCAACCUGUCAGUGCGCGUGGAGGAGGGCGCGCCCGGCGGCCUGACGAUCAGGUUCCUGUACCAGGGCGGGCAGACCGACAUCGUGGCGGUGGACGUCGCGGCGGCCGGGUCGUCGAACUGGAGGUCCAUGACGCGGGAGCGCGGCGGGCCGGCGUGGAGCACGGGCCAGGCGCCGGCGGGGCCGCUGCAGCUCCGGAUGGUGGUCACAGGCGGGUACGACGGGAAGUGGGUGUGGGCCGAAGGGGAGGUCCUCCCGCGGCGGUGGGCUGCCGGCCGGGUGUACGACACCGGGGUGCAGAUCGCCGACGUCGCGCUGGAAGGGUGCUCCCCCUGCGACACCCGGGAGUGGAAGUGACAGUGCAGACACGAAUCCCGCUUGUACAGUAGAGUCUUUUGCUUUUGAUCUUACUACUCGUGCUAAUCCCCCCUCUCCUUUCUUCUUGGAUAACGAUUAACGAAGCGAAACGAAUUGGUGGGUUGGAAGAGUCA